GGGCGGGGCCCCUUUGUGACGUCACGAUCAGCUGUCGGAAGGUGCCGAUUUGUGCGGGGGAGCGGCGCGCGCUCGGCAGAACGGCGGGUUCCGCACCGGCACCGGCACCGGCACCGGGACAGGGACAGGGACAGGGACCGGGACCGGGACCAGGACCAGGACCGGUACAGAUACAGCACCGGCACAGAUACAGCACCGGCACCGCCCGGCGCCGGCACUACUUCAGCGCCUUCCGCCGCCGGGACACGCAGGGCCGGCCUUUGCACUGAAGCAAAGUGAAGCACCUCACAAUUGCACUGCACACUGCUCAGCUGAUUCCUCUGGCAGCCGAACAUCUCUGUCACUGACACCUCGAGGGCUCUUUCUCCCCUCCCUGCCCAUCUCUCCUGUGUCUGUGCCUGGAAGCUGGUGCCCAGCAGUAGCUCCAUCUCCCUGUCCAUCCUGCUGGACUGCUCCCCACCAUGUUUCAACGUCUCACCAGCCUCUUCUUCAGUGACAGCAGCACGCCAGAGGGCUUGGAGGAGCCCAAACCCUUUGUCGAGGAAGAGGAGGAGGAGGAUGGCUGGCUCAUAAUUGAUCUUGCAGGCAGCCGUGCCCGCCCCGGCCCCGCCCGCCGCCCGGCUGCCGGCGGUACCGGGCGCUCGGCGCGACCCCGCCCGACGCCCCCCGGUCCGCCUCCGCCACCGGCUGCUUCCCCGGUUCCGGCCGGUCCCUGCUUGAUGGACGAGAGUUGGUUUGUCACCCCUCCCCCCUGUUUUACUGCAGAGGAGCCCGGCCCCGACGGCGUGGGGAGCAGCCCCAUGGAGGACCUGCUCAUCGAGCACCCCAGCAUGUCGGUCUACGUCACCAGCACCCUCGAGGUGGAUGGGGAGGGCCCCGAGGACGAUGCUGCAGAGGACGUUCCGGAGCCGCGGCCGGAGCCGCCGGUGCUGCACCGCGGCCGGGCGCUGCCGGUGAAGGCGGCGGCGCUGGACAAGGCGGGGCAGGCGCAGCGGGCGCAGCGGGCCAAGCAGCUGGCGGAGCGGCACCGCCUGGCCCAGAAGGCGCUGCAGCGGCAGAACCGGGCCCGGCAACGCCCGCCCCGCCGCGCCAAGCAGCUCCCAGGGGCCUUCGUCCACCAGCCCUGCCAGCGCCACUGCAACUACUGACCUCGCUCCUCCGCCCAGGGGCUCCCCCCGGCCGGCCCCGGCCCCGGGAGCGGCCCCCACGGACACCGGGGACACGGCGGCGGCUUCACUCCACACCCAGCGCCCGCACGCCUGACCCGCACUCCUCAUCUUCCUCCUGUACCCUCACCGCGCCCCUCACCCUCGAUGUCGUCUGGCCCACGACCCCCGAGCCGCCGGCAUGGAGGGCCACGCUGCCCCUCCCCAGCUGCCUCGGCAGCGUCCACGCGGGAAAUCAGAAUUCCCGGUGCAAUCACCUGUUCCUGAAAUCACCUGUUCCCGGUGAGACCUGUUUGUCCUGAUAAGCCUGUGACAUCAGUGCCUUUCCUCACGUCAUGACUCCAUGUACAGCCUGGCUGGGAUGUCACAGAGACAUCGAGCGGGAGAGACGAGAGCAAUGAAGCCACAAGAUUUGGGAUUUUUAGGAAAAUCUCAUCAAUAACACUAAAUAAUGCUUCCGCCCUGCAAAACCAGCAAACACUCCUCUCCCUCCUUGAUUUGUUAGCUACAUUUUACCGUGAUAACGCCCCACUGCCCGUCCUGAAGGGGCUUGUGGUUGAAAGUGCUGGUAGAAUCUCCACGGCUGGGUCAGCCAGGCCGCUCCUGGUGCCUCACGGUGUUGUUUUUUUUAACAACCUUAAAAGGAAUCUCAGGAACCAAAGCACCGUCCCAGCGCCGCGCCGGAGCCCUUGGCUACCGUGCCAGGAGGGGUGGCCAGCCUGGGGUGGCAUCACUGUGGCUGGGGGUCCCCUCUGUGCCAGCCCUUUGGCCCUGGAGCCAGUCACCUGCCCCAGCCCCUGUAUCUGUGUGUGUAUUUCUCUUUGUUCCUGGACACUCAGAGGAGGCUCUGUAAAGCUGAGGGUCGCUGCCUGCCGGGUGUUAGUCCCCGGGAGGGGAGAGGAGGCAGGAUCUGCACAGCUUCCCCGAGGUGGCCAAAGCACGUCUGUGGUGGUGGUGAAGAGAUGUUGAAGAGGAGGCUGGAGGGAAGAGGCUGAAGUAAGGACAAAGAUGGAUCUGGGAGCCGCUGAAAUGAGUCAGGAUGGGGCAGGCCUGAGUGAGAGGAUUGCUGUAACAGGAGCUGUGACAGAGGCGUCCUCUUUCCCCACUGAAAUUGGCAUCCUUUCCCGUGAAGGGCCAAAUUCACUGCUAAUUUUUAAUGCAAAUCCCUCCUCUCUCCAUGAUGGACUCCUUUUGCCUUCGGAAGAACAUGGUCCAGGCUUUUCACUGGCUCCAGCACCAGCUGAAAUCCAGCAGAAAUUUGCUGAUCUGCCCCCAGUUUGCUCCUUCUAGGAACCGGUUUUGUACCCUCUGCCCUGGGAAAGCAUCCUGCUCAUGACCACAGCCUGGAUUCCCACCCUCUGAGACAAGACAUCCCCCUACAACACUUCAGAAAAUUCUGAUUUCACCAGAGGUUCUUCCACUCACCAUGUUGCAUCCCUUAAUAUCAGCUGGGGACCUUGACUGAAGAAAUUGUGAGCCCAAACUGAGACAGCUGAUAGUUAUUAAUUCUUUUAAUGAGAUUAAAGCCAAAAUGAACCUUCUUAGUAGCAACAGCCCCUAGCUCCGGGCCAAGCAGCCUGGACUGUAGUAGCCAGCUGCUGCUGCUCCCCUGCAGCAUUUCCCUUCACUCCACUGCCUCAGCUUUUCCAAAAGCACAGAGCUGGACAGCUCCAGGGUGGUGCAUCCCGAGAGGUGGAACUGCGUGCUCGCGGCAUUGCCCCGCCCUCCUCGGGCCUCACCACAGCCCCUGUCCCUCGCCAAGCCUGACCUCCCCCAGGUCACCCUGCUGGUGAGGAGACUGGCAUCUCCUGACUCCAGGGGAGCAUUUGCAUCCUUUGGCUGCCUGGGCUUCACACUCAAUGCCUUUUUUUGCCCCUGCAGUGAUGCCUGGGAUGGACUGGGAGCAGGGCAGUGCAGGGCCAGUGGCACAGGUGCUGUAGCACAGGCAGGGGCUGAGCCCAGCUGUGGUGGGUGCUGCCCUCCCAUCCCCGCUGACGCCGCUCCAGGGCCACUGGGCAGCAGUGGUGGAGGAAGCAUUUUCUCUCUGGCCCCAGCUCACAUCAAGGGCAGAAGCCAAGCACUGUCCAGACCCCAGCUUGGUCUCCACUACAAAUUCUCCUGCUGUCAGUCCCUCUGGAGCACUCCAGAAAUCAGAGGCUGGCUGUGACCCCACUGCCCCCUUGGCACUCCCAGAGGAGCAGGCUGGGGAAGCAGUGACCCCGAGGCAGAUCCUGCCGUGUCUCACCUGCCAGGCUCUCCUGUGCCUGCCCAACUGCUGGAGAUGGUACCCCAGGAGAAAUCCCUUAUGGAAAUCCUCCCAUGCACCCUUCUCAUCUGCUGUGAGCCAGCCCUUGGCCGUGUUCCUGGGGGACUUGUCUCAGCCUGGCACUGCCACCAGCACCUAGCCCCCAGUGCCCAUUGCAAACAGGUGAUCUUCCUCUGUCCUCGUUUUCAGAAACAAAUUCAAACUCUUUCUGUGCUAGUCUGAGAUGUCUUUCAUCACUCUCUGCCCAGCCAGCACAGGAGAUGAAGCAGAACUAUUACCACACUUUAUAUCCAGAGUAUGUUUAUGAAAGAUUAAUAAAUUAUUAAUAAUGUUUUCAUGAAGAGGUUAAUCCAGACCCUGUGCCUCUGGUGGGUCAGCGUGCACAAACCACAGCAAAUGAGCUCCUGCAAGUCUCCUCUGUUGUUUGCACUCUUGCCAUGUAUUAACACCUAACACUCACCUGCCAGCCCUUGCCAGGCGACUGUCACCCUCGGUGUGACCCUCCCCUCCCUGUGCUCUGGUCAACCUGUCCUUUGCAGAAGACCUGCAGUGUUCUGCUCCUGCUCAGCAGCAAGCACAAGGCCAGGCCUGGUCCCAGGCCUCCUGCCCAGUGCUGCCAGAGCAAGAAAACCCCUUUUCAUUGAGGUUUUUUGUCUCCUCGAAUCUUAAAACAAAUGAAAGGUGCUUAAGAACUAAGAACUUCCUUUGUGUGCACCCAUUUGCAUGUGUAGAUAUUUCAAAGCCCAGUGUGGGUGUUCUGUAGCUUGUUUUUGGGUUGAUUUUUUUAGAGGUUUGUAGGUUUGGUUUUUUUUGCACCCAGUAUUUGUGAUGCACUGUGUGGUGCUUCCAAUGGGAAGGUUCUGGUUUGCAGGGAGCCCUUGAGCUGGUCCCGCUGCAACAGGUGGGGUGAAUUUUGCUUUCUUUUCUGUACUUGUGUAGGGGGGAAACUACAGCAUGGACUCAGGGACAAACCAAUCUGCUGGGGUCUUUAAAAAUGUCUUUUUCCUAGGCUUCUCUGUUAGAAUGUGGGGUUUGGUUCUGGGAUGCUGCAGGCAUGUGGCAGCACGUGGUGGUGACAGGAGCUGCAGGGUGCUCUGGCACUCCAGUGUGAAAAUGAAGUUGUGGCCAUUUGUGGUGGGAUCAUUCCUCGGCUGCAGCCCCUCUUCAUUUGUUCGUGGCCUGAAAAUUCGCCUUUCCAGCUGAAUGUGGCUGGUCCCCUUUUAGACUGGCUUGUGAGCAACCAGGCACAGAUUUUCAGCCCUGAGCUCCUGGGGUUUGGGAAGUGCAGCAGGACUGUGUGUUAUGGCCUGACUCACCACAUCACUGGGAUCAGGGGACAGCCAGGAUGGUGAAGCCUCUGAAAUGAUCACCGGGGGAAAUGGUGACGCAGGCAACUGAAAGAAAUUUUUGCGUUUCUUGCAAUGAAAGCAUAAAAAAGGGAAGAAUUCCCAGUGGAGAGGCCUGGGCAAAUCCCUGUUCAGUAAAUGUUGGCUUUGCUGGGCCGUGUGUCAGUGCUGGGCUCAGACACCAGACCUGGCUCCAGCCCCUGCUCAGGUGGGCAGCAGGACACUGGGGCAGGCUGGGACAGUGCUCUCAGCAGUGCUGGAGUUUGUGAGACCCCUUCUGGAGGGAAGAAUCUUCCCACCACUGAAGCCCCCGUGGUUCAGGGAUCUUCUCCAAGUAAGGUUUACCUCUGCUUGUCUGGCUCUGCUCUGGCAGAUGAGGAGGAUGAACCCUCUGAUGGGACAGGAGGGACAGCCCUGCUGGGGAAGUGCCACCUCUUGGGCUGCACCAGGGCCACCAGUGCCCCCCAGGCUGUGCUUGCUGCACUGGCCAAGCUGUGGCCAUGGCACACUCAGGACCCCUCACCAGCAGCCACAACAAAGUUCUCACACCAAAUUCUGGCUCUUGCUUGGCACCGCAAGGCUGGAGGGAUGCCGAGGGAGUGGGGGCAAAUCCUCACUUGUUGCUCUGAAACGUACACUCACAAAUGCUCUUUCUAAGAAACUCUGCUGCAAAAGCUUGGUCUGGAAGGGAAACAGUUCUUUCCGUGGGAGUCCACGUUUCCUUCUCAUUGUGCAGAAAAUCAAUGCAUGGCUCAUCCCAAAGAUCACUGCUGUGGGAAUCUUCUCUCUGUAGGCUUGUUUCUAAUCAAUAAUUUUACAUUUACAUCAUACUAGUACUUUUUCCUCUUCUGUUCAACCAUAAUGGGGAGCAAAAUACCCACAUAGAUGUCUUACCUCACCAGUAAGGGAAAAAAAAAGAUAAAAAAUACUCCAGUGAGGUUCUGGGCUUGAGUCCCACAGCUUUGCAGUUGCCCCUCUGGAUCAGUAUCAAUUCCAUUGCUCUGCCAAAAGUGGAAAUUAAACUUUGUGUGAAUUUAUUGAAAAACAAGUGAGUCCCCAAAGAUCAAGCAUCUAAUAAUCAGGAGACAGUAAGAAGACAUAAGUCACCUCAGGUCAAGAGAAAUGGUUCUCAGCAUAUUUUAGAAGGCAGCACCGAGCCCCACUGCCCUGGGAAUGACUGCUGGCAGUCCUCAAGUCUUCCCUGAGUCUCUGGGUUGGAACAAGAGACCAUCCAUGUCCAGCUGGUGCCACAGGGACCCUCGAGCCAUCAGGCAUUGUCAGCUUCCACCACUCCCAGCCUCCAGUUUGCUGCUCCUCCUUUGUUGCAUGCACUCAGCAAUAGCUGCUGAGGCAGAUAUUGCUGAGUGCAUGCAACAAAGGAGGAGCAGCAAACCGGAGGCUGGGAGUGGCAGGUGGGGAGCAUCAGCAGCCCAGUGUCUCCCCAGCUUCUCAGAGCUUCCCCCCAAGCCCUUCUCCACCGUGGACUGUGGUGAUCUCCUCAGCACAGCUAGCAGGGACCAGACCCUGAGGAGGGACAUCCAUGGCUCUGGCAGCAGCCCCCUCCCAGGGGACUGCCACAGGCAGACCUACCAGGGGCAGGAAUGGGCCUUAAAAGGGGCUGAUCCCCUCAGGGCUUGUCUUCUUCAAGGUGGACCUUCCCACCUCUCAGAUCUGCUCCAUACAUAGUCAGUAACCUCCUCUUGUCCUCAUGGGCUCCAUCUCCAUCCCAUUUCCAUCACUGGAGUUGCUGCCACAAGUUGCCUGAAUGUGGCUGUAGGAGCUGGAUGCAGCAGUGGGAAGGGCUCUGCCUGCCUGAAGAGUCCCUUCUUGCUGAGAGGUGUCCUCAGCCCCCUGGAGCUGCCACCUUCUCCUCGCUCAUCUCCAGGAUCCCAGAGCCCUCCCAGCCGUGGGCUCUGGGCAGCUGCACAUGCUUGGCCAGGAGGUCUCCCUGUUCCAUCAGCCUUUCUUUUUGCUUCUUGAAAACGUUUGUCAUUGACCCAUCACCCUCUCCUUAGAGGAAUGAGGAUGAUGAGGAUGAGCAGCUCCAUUCAAUAGCAAAGGUGGCUUUUAUGUGUGAUCAUUUUUUCAGUUCUGUGCAGAGUGGUGACAGCCAAGUGUGUCCCCUGUCACUCAUUCCCAGCUGACACCUCCCGGGCUGGCAAGGGGGUUGCUCUUCCAACCCCAUAUUUUGUACAGGGAUGGUGCCCCAUGCUCCAGAGCACAAAAAGAGCUGCAAAGCUUUGACUUUGUUGCAGCUAAACCUGAAAAUCCUUCUGCCUUCCACUUUGACCCUAUUUCAUUGCGACGGGAGGGAAGAUUUUAUUCUCUGCAAAUGGAGGGGAAAGCAGCACAGUAAAUUCUAAAUGUAGCUUAAAAAUGGGUUGCACAGGGGAGCCUAAAGCUCCUUUGCUCUUUCACAUUCACCUCAUGUACCCUUGCUGGGAAGCCGUGAGCAGCUGUGCCCAAGUCUCACUGAGUUCUUAUCCUCAGCUUUGUGCUUCGGGAAGUCUGGGGAUGAGAGAGCAGCACAAGGUGUAGCAGUGACAUUUCCUCUUGUGUCAGAACUGUCCUUGCACAGAACCACUGAGCACUGCAAUAUUCUGUCUGUGUGUAUCCACCCCUGGUACCUGCUUGUGAAACUCUUGCCCACACAUUGCCCUCCCCCAUGCGGGGCUGACUGACUGUACAUGUGCCUUCACCCUUUGUCAUGGUUUGGCAUCUUUUUUUAACACAGUUACAGAACUUGAAAAAAAUCACUGAACUGCAGUUACAAGUCCUAUGCAAGAGGUGACCAGGGAGUCAGUUUUUGGUAUUUCUGUGUUUCUGUGUUGUCUUCAAAGGCACUGUGGGGUUUUCCAGAGAAUCCCAACAGAAUGAAUGCCCCAAAAAUUUCGUGGUUUGUUUUUGUUUUUGUUUUUGUUUUUGUUUUUUGUUGUAGUUGUAGUUGUAGUUGUAGUUGUAGUUGGGUUUGGGUUUUUGUUUGUGUUUGUUUGUUUGUUUGUUUGUUUUUGCUAAAAAGCAUUUAGCAUUUUGGAUAUACUAAAUCUCUUAGGCAGCUUUGAAAAGCUCUAAACCCCAGUUGCCCAUGGGGCUGUGUUUGGAGAGCGAGCAGGAGCAGGAGCAGCAGGACAGAUGCAGGAGCAGCAGGACGGAUGCAGGAGCAGCAGGACGGAUCCAGGAGCAGCAGGACAGAUGGCUGCUCCGUGGUUGGACAAGGUUGCCUUAAGCCUUCCCUGAAAUGCCCCAGAGAAUGUUCUGUGCCCUCCCGCCUGUGCCCGGGGCAGCCCGGGCAGAGCAGCUCCCGCCCCGGGCUCUGCCUUAGGCUGGCACAGCCGCCACGGGGCUCUGGGAGAAGAGGGAGAAACCAGCCCCACGUUUUUGACAUCACCUGUGCUGUAGGACUGAGACCUCAUCUGGAACUCGAAGCUAACGAAAUCCGUCCUUAUUGUAUGCUAUGUGUUCAGUUGGUGUAAGCAGGGUUCGUAGGAAGGGGUGUCUCCUCCUCGUAGGACAUUGUGUAAACAUUUGCUGUGUGUCGAUUGCCUGGGACACAUUGUGUAGUGUGCCUGUGUGUGUGUAACCUGGUUUUGGUUGUUAGGUUGUAAUGCUGUCUCUUGACUGAAAAAAAAUCUAAUAUAAAGAAAAAUCACAAGAAAUAAAAAAAUAUAUAUUUAAAAUCUA